UAGUGUACAUGAAAUCACUUCCUGUCCAGAAGGGGAUUUGUUGCAAAUAAAGUUAUCCUUGUGUAUUUUGUGAAACUGGAUAGAUUUCACAUAUUGUCUAGAAUCUGUGUCAUUAAAUUGAUAGAUAGAAACAUCUGUUAGUCAAGACCGACGUUCUUUUGAUACAUAUUUUAUGUAAUAGUUAUAAACUUGAGAGGUCACGCCGGAUUUAAAGAAAAAUGGCGGGUGUGCUAUUUGAAGAUAUAUUCGACGUUAAAGAUAUUGACCCUGACGGGAAAAAAUUCGACAGAGUAUCCAGGCUUUUCUGCGAGUCCGAGUCAUUUAAGAUGGACUUGAUCCUGGAUGUCAACACGCAACACUAUCCUGUCGAUCUAGGUGACAAAUUCCGAAUGGUGUUGGCAACAACCCUAAGAGAAGAUGGAUCUCCGGACGAUGGAGAGUACAACCCUUUGGACACCGGACCUUCCCGUGCGGACAGCUUUGAAUAUGUGAUGUAUGGCAAAGUGUACAGGAUUGAGGGAGACGAGACUGGUCCAGAUUCAUCUCGAUUAUCUGCUUACGUGUCAUAUGGUGGUCUGCUGAUGCGGUUACAAGGGGACGCCAACAACUUACACGGAUUUGAGGUGGAUUCCCACGUAUAUCUGUUGGUGAAGAAGUUAGCGUUUUAAGUUGUGUGUAUGUAUUUCGAUUGUAAAUGUGUGGGCGUAUGGACGAUUGAUAAUCUUUGUUCAGUCGGAAACUGAAAUCAGGGUAGUUGUGAUUUUAUUUUCCGUAUCAGUAAGAUAAUUUAAUAUACUUAAAAUGAUCCCGUAUCAGUCAGAUAAUAUAUACAAUAAUAUACAAAAUGAUCAUUUGUCGAGAGUACACUAUCAAAAGUAAAAUAUUUUGUUAGCCACAAUCUGUUAACGGUUUAAAGUCUUGAAAAAUCACAUGUCCAUUAGUACCCUUCUGUCGACUUGUUGAUGGAUCGAAGAGAUAUAUAUAUAUAUUCCAAGUGGGACUGGGAGUGAGAGCGUGGAUGGAGAGUUGAGUGGUAUGAGAAUUGCGUUGUGAGAAGUCACCAAGCCACCAUUUCAUGUGUUCAUUUUACAUCAGACCUUUUAUAAAAAAAAUAAAAUGAAUAUCUCAAAUA